UGGCAGGCUGUUAGGGAAAGAGGGACCGUGGGAAGGUGCAGGGAGCAGUUGCUACAGCGACCAGGAAUUCAUCCUCGGAGCGACACGGGAGAGGAGGAGUCCCGAAUUCUCCACUUCCUCCUCUGCUCUGAUGCACAUCAAACUUCACUCCUGUCACAGAGCGGAGCUCAGCCCAGAGAGUGUAGAGCCUCAGCACAGAGAGAGCCAGAGAGCAGCACGGGGACAGGACACAGCGAGUGGAGCCGGAGCACAGCGAGAGCCAGAGAGCAGAGCUUAGCACAGAGAGCGAGAGCACGCAGCGAGCACACAGAGCGGACCCUCAACAAGCAGAGCCUCAACACAGAGCAGUGAAAGAAAAACAAUCUGUCGAAGUGAGAGAAUGGAGAGACUGGGAGCCCGUUGAGCCACACAAAUGGAUCCCAGACGUCCUGCAGUGAAUCCUCGAUUGGGGAGAGCCCCCCCGACCUCGGGGAGACUUUCAUCAUCCGCAGGGAGACUCCAACAAACAGCCAGAGUUUCUCAGGAAGCGGCGUAUCUCUUCAAACUGGAACAGAUCUUCAGGAACGCUCUGUCUGACCGGGACACUCACAUCCUCAAACCCCUGCUCACUGCCGAUGCUGGCGACAACAGAGCUCGGCCGCUGCUGAAGGCCUCUCUGGUGGAGUUGGGGGAGAGUUUCCAAUCGCUGUGUAAGCAGACAGACGAGAUAUGCCUGACCCUUGGCAACCCCACAGGCCGGCUGGCCAUCCAGGACCUGUACCUGAUCAGACAGCCAGAGCGGCUGGAGGAGGUGUACGUACGCUACUUCACGGCUUUGUCAGACUACAUAGUGAAUGGUGGCUUUGAACACAUUGCCAAACAGAGCAGUGACCAUUGGAAGAAGAAUAAGAAAGUAUUGAAAGGCUUCUUACCGGAUUUGGCCCCAAAGAUCCCGGUUUCGGUCAGUCUUCAACGGCUCUUUCAGGAGGCCAUCCACCUGCAUGUCCAGAAGUAUGUGGAGGUUAUCCAGAAGCUUUCCCGUGGCAUCGAGAAGGUUCCCCAGAAAGAACAGAUUGGAAAGGCCCUCGCCAGGUUCACCAGCCUUGAGCGGUGGGUCAGACAGGUCCUGGAUGUGGCAGCUCUCACCAGGAAACUGUGGACCUCUCUCAACGCCAAACUGACCGAGCAGUUCCGUGUCCCCGGGCGCAGGCUGCGUGAGGACAGCAGGAACGUCCCGCUCACCUUCGUCAACGGUCGUCACGACGACCGCCUCCUCCUCUUCGACGACUGCCUGGGCGUGAUUCAGGGCUCUGAUGCUAACAGUUAUAAACUGGAUACUGUGUGGGUGGAAUCUCUACCAGGGACGAACUCGGAAAAGCAUCAAUUGAAGAUUAUUGUCCCGGAGGAAGACUUUGUACUCAAUGCUCAGGACCUCAAACACAAGACUCUGUGGCUGUGGAAGCUGAACCAGGCGGUACUGCAGCACGUACAGGGACAGCUGAACUUCCCCCUGUGGGGCGGGGGAGAGGGGCAGGUGUCAGGUACCCCUCAGACCAGCCGAUUCGCUGUCCACACCUUCGUGGCUGACUCCCGCUUCAAAGGCGCCCUGUACGAGGGAGACUGGAGCUGGGGAAAACCCCACGGAAGAGGGACCAUGAAAUGGCCUGACGGGAGGAACUACACUGGGCAGUUUAAAGAAGGCCAGGAAAAUGGGUUCGGUGUGUAUGUGUGUCCGGGCCCCGAGGAGACCUUUGACUGUUACAAGUGCCAUUGGGAGGAAGGAGUGAUGCAUGGUUACGGGAUCUGUGAGUAUGGGAACAGCACCACCUACAAGGGAUAUUUUCGAGACAACCGCCGACACGGGUUUGGGAUCCUGUGCAGCUCCACCUCGGAGAAGCCAGCCUUUAAAUAUACAGGACACUGGGAAGAUGAUAAAAAGGCUGGAUAUGGAGUGUUCGAUGAUCUGGACAGAGGAGAGAGAUACAUCGGCACGUGGACAGAGAACUACAAACACGGACCUGGCAUUGUCAUCACACAGUCAGGACUCUGCUACGAAGGAAAAUUCCACUACAACAAGAUGGUGGGCUCCGGAAAGAUUCUGUCUGAGGAUGAUCAUGUCUAUGAGGGAGAGUUCUCAGAGGAGCUGGUGCUCACUGGGAAGGGAAAGCUCAGCUUCCCCAAUGGGUACGUGAUUGAGGGAUUGUUCAGUAACAAGUGGGGGAGUGGGCUGCGGACAAACGGAGUGUUUUCCAAACUUGACGAGCAGACCACACCCGGGGUCAACAGCAAACUACAACUGGGCAGCCAGAUAAUAGCCGCGGAGGAGCGCUGGCGGGGAAUCUACCAGCAGUUUGAGGACUUCCUGAAGUCCGGCUGUGUGGAGACAUCCUCGGAAUCCUUCCUGGGAUUUCACUCCGAGAACAGCCGGGAUCCGCGGAAAAAUUUGAAGGAGCGAGAGAGCAGGGAGGAGGUGGGAUGGGACACAGAAUCAGAAACGGCAGCCAGCGGCGACCAGGGAUAUCUCUACUGUGACCGGCAGAAACCGACCGAAGGUGAGAAUAAGUCCCCAGAAGGGAGUUCCAGGAGAGAAGAGCUGAGUCUGAGGGAGCAGGUGAGACUGGCGCUCGAGUCAGCCCACCACCCGUUGGGGAAGCUUCUGCACAUGGUCACCCUGACCUUCCAGGCCUCCUACUCCGGAAUCGGCACUUACAAGAGGCUCCUGUCCCUGGCUCGACAGGAAGUCGUCACUCACGCCCAGACACUGCUUAUACUGAGCAGGCGUUUCUUCUCUACCUCACCACAGAAUGACGUGACCUCACAAGACAGUGAGGAGCAGACCCCAUUCACCGUCACGUUGCCCCUGCUCUUGCCUCACCUCUACCCCGACCUCUUCAUGAUGUACAUGUUGUACCACGAGCCGGGCGACGCUCUGUACUGGAAAGGCAUCGUUCACCUGGGCCUUCUCCCCGACCUCAAACUCCUCGAGUUCCUGGAGGUUCAGAAACACCUGUGGCCUCUUCAAGAUCUUCAUUUGACAAAAAAUCAGAGAAAGUCCAUUGUGAAAGACGUGUGCUUCGAGUCGGCGAUCGAGUGUCUCCAGAAGAUAAGCAGCACAGCGGAUGCCCAGGAGAAGAUGGACACCAUCAUGAAGACGUACGGGGAGAUUGAGCACACGGUGACGCGGGUGCUGAGGAGAGAGUACAACCUCCCCAUGGACGACCUGCUGCCCCUCCUAGUGUACGUGGUCUCCCGAGCAAGGAUCCAGCGGUUGGGAGCAGAGCUGCACCUGAUUCGGGACAUGAUGGAUCCGACCUGGGAGGGGGGCAUGAAUGACUUCCUGCUGACUGCCCUGGAGUCUUGUUACCAGCACAUUCAGAAGGAGGAAAUACGAUUAGGUGCCUGUCUGAACAGUGUCUCCUGACAACACGUCACUCAGGAACGUGAGGCGAAACAACCCACACCACAACACUCAGACUUUUCCCAGGCACUCGCUAUAAACUACACUGGCUGGCGGGUACUCUAACUCCACACACACACACACACCACAAACA